AUGGUUGGUCCGGUAGUACAGCAAGAUUUGCUGUCCAUCACCAUCCGAUUUCGCUUUCGUCGACUGGCUAUUGUCGCGGACGUGGAGAAAAUGUAUCGCAUGGUAAAGGUUCAACCAAACGAUCAGCAUUUGCAACGGAUUCUAUGGCGAGAUUCUCCUGAUGAAACGCUUCGUACGUAUGAGCUUACUACGGUCACGUACGGAACCGCGUCAGCUCCCUAUCUUGCGACCAAAUGCUUGCAAACUCUAGCAAAAGAAAACGAAGCUAAUAACCCUAGAGCCGCGAGGGUAUUGAAAGAUGACUUUUAUGUCGACGACAUGUUGAGUGGUGCAGACAAUGUCGAAGACGGAAAGCAGUUGAUCCAUGAAAUGAUAGAACUGACAAGUUCUGGAGGGUUCACGUUAAGGAAGUGGAUUUCUAACGAACCUCAACUGUUAGAAGACUUACCAAAAACUUUGCUUGAUGAUCGUGUCACGCUAGAGUUGGAUAAAUCCAGCGCACCAGUAAAAACAUUGGGUUUACUAUGGGAACCUAUGACCGAUAGGUUCGUGUUUCGACCGCCAAAAUGGAACGAUAACUCUCCCAUCACUAAGCGUAUCGUUUUAGCGGACACAGCUCGCUUGUUUGACCCUUUAGGUCUGAUUGGACCUGUGAUAGUACAGGCAAAGAUAUUCCUCCAGAAUCUGUGGAAACAGAAAUGUGAAUGGGAUGAACCUCUAGCACCCGAAUUUCAGCGUUUCUGGUUGGAACAUAGGAGAAACCUUCUUGCACUUGAAUCACUCCACAUUCCUCGCUGGACAGGAUUCAGCAGUACUUUGAACAAAUCAGAGAUUCACGGAUUUUGUGAUGCUUCCGAAGCAGCUUAUGGAGCUUGUCUCUACCUUCGUAGCACAAAUAAUGAUGGAUCAAUUAUAGUACGCUUGAUCACAUCUAAAUCUCGCGUUGCACCAAUUGAAGACCCAGGUCGAAAGAAGAAAAAGCAAUCCAUACCUCGACUGGAACUAUCAUCAGCUCUACUUUUGAGUCACCUGUACGAAAAACUCGUUCACAGUAUGCAGAUAUCUAUACCAGCUUAUUUCUGGACAGACUCCAUGAUUGUGAAAUGUUGGUUGUCUUCCCUCCCGUCUCGUUGGCAAUCCUUUGUCGCCAACCGAGUAUCGGAGAUUCAGCAUAUCACAAAAAAGGGGGUAUGGAAUCAUAUUUCCGGAAUAGAGAAUCCAGCAGAUAUAAUUUCGCGAGGAAUGACACCCGCCCAACUCCAGUACCAAAGGCUUUGGUUUGAAGGUCCCCAGUGGAUUAGUGAUGACUAUUGCACCUGGCCAAAGACAUCAGCAGCUCUAGCAGAACCUGACGAAUCGUUGCUCGAAGAAAAAUCUUCAGUUUCGCUUCCCAUUCGAGUGAAGGCUCCCAAUCUGUCAACCCAAGCUUUUUUGGCAGCCUUUCGAAGAUUUGUGGCCAUUCGAGGCAAGCCGCAAAUCAUGAUGUGCGACAAUGCUACGAAUUUUGUCGGAGCAAACCGUGAACUUAAGGAACUACGUCAACAACUUAAUGACCAACAGUUCCAAUACUCAAUGAUUCGCGCAGCAGAAGACGAUGGAAUAGAAUUCAAAUUUAUUCCCGCCCGCUCCCCCAACUUUGGAGGAUUGUGGGAAGCGGCAGUUAAAUCGUUCAAGGGACAUUUUCGACGAACUAUUGGUAUCAAUCCUUUAUCGUAUGAUCAACUUCACACCGUGGUGCAACAAGUAGCAGCAAUCUUGAACUCUCGACCGUUAACACCAUUGAGUAACGAUCCACACGAUUACCCAGCCCUAACUCCAGGGCAUUUCUUAACGGGUAGACCUCUCACCGCCAUACCAGAACCGGAGCUACACGAGAUUCCGGAGAAUAGAUUGGAACUUUGGCAACGGAGCCAAGUUUUCGUUCAGCGUAUAUAG